AGGUAUUUCCCCACCGGGAGCCAACGUCGGGGAUCGGGGGCGGCUGCCGGCAGCGUGCUGUCCGCACGCACCUCGGAGCCGCCUCCGCGCCCCAGGAGCUCGGCUCCGGCAGCCGGCGGCUCUUUCUCCCUCGGGAGCCUGAGCCUGGCAGCGGGCUGCAGCGCAGGCUUCACAAAGUUGAUACAUUUUCCAGGCGGCUGCUUUACGCCGGCCGAGAGAGUAAGAGGGAAAUCGCUUUGGGAACAUGGAGUUGCUGUGCUGCGAGGUGGAUCCCAUGAGGAGAGCUUUGCCGGACCCGAACUUGCUCUACGAUGACCGUGUUUUGCACAACUUACUGACGAUAGAGGAGCGGUAUCUGCCCCAGUGCUCCUACUUCAAGUGCGUGCAGAAGGACAUCCAGCCCUUCAUGAGGAGGAUGGUGGCCACUUGGAUGCUGGAGGUCUGUGAAGAACAGAAGUGUGAAGAAGAAGUUUUCCCUCUGGCUAUGAAUUACUUGGACAGAUUCUUAGCUGUGGUGCCCACUCGAAAGUGCCAUCUGCAACUGUUGGGGGCAGUGUGCAUGUUCCUGGCCUCCAAGCUAAAAGAGACAAUCCCCCUCACAGCAGAGAAGCUUUGCAUAUACACGGACAAUUCCAUCAAACCCCAAGAGCUGCUGGAAUGGGAGCUCGUGGUACUGGGGAAGUUGAAGUGGAACCUUGCAGCAGUCACCCCGCAUGAUUUCAUUGAGCACAUUCUACGGAAGCUGCCUCUACCUAAAGACAAGUUGGUUUUGAUCCGGAAACAUGCACAAACAUUCAUUGCCCUUUGUGCCACAGAUUUUAACUUUGCCAUGUACCCACCAUCAAUGAUAGCAACUGGAAGUGUGGGAGCAGCCAUCUGUGGCCUUCAGCUUGAUGAUGGGGACAGAUCGCUCUCUGGUGACAGCCUAACAGACUUUCUGGCCAAGAUUACAAGCACAGAUGCGGACUGCCUUAAAGCUUGUCAAGAACAGAUUGAGUCGGUGCUAGUAAGCAAUCUUAGGCAAGUCCGGCAGCAACAACAACAAAGCAAUCCUUCUAAGACCAUUGAGGAACUGGACCAGGCCAGCACUCCAACAGAUGUGAGAGAUAUCAACCUGUGAGGACAUCAGCACAGAAAGUCAGGCUUGUUCUCCUACCCCUUUUAUUUUUGUUAGUGUUUUUAGAUUUAUUUUUUUCAUCUACUCCCACGUAGAGCAUAUUUAAAGCUCUUUUAGGUGAAAAAAACUGAAUAAUGAAAAAAAACAUUUGGUGCCCAUGAUGUUCUACAGAAGGGAAUCCCGCAGUGUAUUUGGUAAUUAUUAUUUGAUUAUGUAUCAGUGAUAUUAAAUGCUUAUAAAAGCAUACAGAGUAGCUAGGUAAAUGUAAGCCUGCAUUUGUGGGAAGAGUGUACUUGUCUGUGUAUUACAACCUACUGCACACACCCCCUUUUUAAAUUUAAGAAAGGAAUAGUGUGUGUGAUUUUACGGCUUGACUAGAUUGCAAAGCAGUAGAAGAGGGGCUAGGGCAAUGUGGGAAAAGGUCCCUGAAGCAACGGAACCAUUUUCAAUGCAGAAGAGAUUUGCUGAUCUGUCACCUCUGUUAAUAGUCAGAAGUGUUUGUUGGAUCUUUGUAUGUUAGUUUUGUUUACUCUUGCUGUCUGUGGUAGCUGCUACUUAAGAAAGAAGAUGCUUUAUUUUGCCAGCUAGAAGAGAAGGUGGUUUUUUUUUGUUUUAUUUUGCUUUAAAUUCCCCUCUCCCCUCUGACUUUUUCUACUUCUCCUUCAGAAGUGGUUCAUUCUAAACACAGCAGCAUCUUUGGCAUAAGGGCAGUCCCUUUUACCCAACUGUGGGCCAAGCCAAUAAAUGGGGGAAAUGCAACAAUUAAUUUUGACCAGUCGGCUAAUCAGACCACCUCUGAACUUUGGAUUGCAAGAUGCAGUGGAUCAUCUGUGAAAAAGCAUUAUGUUCCUUUACAGAGAUAAUGUUUCAUAUCCGUGUUAACUUUUGGCAGCUCUUCAACUUCGUGUAAAGAUAAUUAAAUGAUGCUGUGUUCAUGUUCCUCUUUAAUGUAUACUCACUGUGUUAAGGAAGAUGAGAUUUGGUGUGAGACCUAUCUACCCAGCUUCCUCCACUUUCCCCGUCAUGCUUUUUGAGCAUUUCAAUAACUCUGUUGAUCCACAGUGAACAUUAUUGUAAAUCAUUUCAUUCAAAAAGCACUUUGAAAAUUGUUCCUAAGGGAUUAAAUGAAAUGGUUUAUGACAAUUUUGCCAAGGAAGAAAAAAAAAAAAAAAANAAAAAAAAAGACACAAAAGCAAAAGCAUAUAGCUUUUUAUAGUCAAUAUUCUCCAGUAUCUGGUGUACUUUACUUUUUUAGUUGUGGUAUUUCUGGAAAUACCAGCACCUGCUUCAGGUGACAUUCCCGUCAUGACAUUCCGGAAAAAGGCCUCAUUAAUUUGUAUUGUUCAGUGUCACAGAAGGAUCUGAAUACCACCUGUAUGUUAUCCAUGGACAAUGAAAGAAAAUUUGCUGGUGCAAAAGACAGAAGUGGCAAACGGUGAGGUUUGAGACUUGGAUUUUAAUUACAAAGGUGUAUUCAGUGUACUUGAAUUUAUUUUACUGCUCCAUCUGUAAUGAAGAGGCAUUUAGUUGGCAAAGGAGUUGGAGCAAUUUGGUUUUUGGUGGGUUUUUUUUUUUGUUUUUUUUUUUUUUUUGCACAAUUGUAUUAACAGUUUGCAAAUAUACAGAAUGAAGUUGUUGGUUGCAAUGUUAAUGGUUGCAAUUUUCAGACAAAGUCCAGAAAGAACAUGCUACUUUAAAGAAUAUUAUAUGGAAUGGACUCAGCUGCGUUUGGCUAGAUGAGGGUAGAAGAUGGAGUAAAGUUUUGGUUAUUUUGUUUGGGUUUUGUUUUGUUCUUUUUUUUUUUUUCUUUUUUUUUGUGCGCUGCUAAGAAGCUAUGAUUUGUUUCAUUCUUAUUCACAUUAACAGUACUUAGCUGUAUUGUUUCACUGAGUGUGCUGCUAUUUUAUAAACGUUUUUAUAAUAUAUUAUUUUACUGCUUAAAUUUCAAAUCCUGAAGUAGAUGGUUAAGUGGAGAUAUGAUGAAUUCUUUGAUUUACUGGAAAUGCCCUGUACAGGUUGGGUUGUUUUGUUUUUUUUUUCCUAAUAGUGUGUUCAUUAUUUACUUUUAUUUUCUUUUUUUCUUUCUUUUCUUUUUUUUUUUUUUCCUUCCUGAUCACAUCCUGCAAAGAUGGUAUACUUACCUCAGGUUUACUGGACAAGAUAAAAAUGGUUCCCAUUUUCACAAUACCUCACAACAUGACAGUUACUUAUUCCCUGCUGAAAGCCUCAGCAGAGCUAUCGGUGCAGGUGUCUGCUUAGGGCUUGUGCUUUGGUCAGCGGAACACAGUUGCACUGGCUGCGUUGGGGAAAAAAUUGCAGCAAGCAGGGGCCUUGGCUCCCUUACGGUUUUUCAUAGUGGAAAAAAUGCAUUGGUCCAAGGGCAUAUCCAGGAGCAGCUCUCAUGCCUCCAGACCCUAAUCCUGGACACGUGGAUGAUGUAUAUGGUGACUACACCUCCCCUCGAGGUGCCCACACAUGCACAGGUACUGUGUGGCUCCCACAAGCUAUUAGGUGGGCAGCAGGACAGCAGCCAGGAUGGCCGCUCUCAGAGUCUUGCUGUUCAGAAUGACCAGCUCUGCCUCACAGCCCAUGUGAACAACCUGGCCCAGCUGCCUACUGUGCCUCAGCGGUCAGGUGUCAGCUCUUUCCCUACCUUCUCUGAGUCCUGAGCCAUAGUGCUCAAAACUGCUGCUCUGUGUGCAGAAGUAUCCGUCUGGUAAAGUGCCAACAAUCACUGAUCCUUGUGAGACUUGAGGGCUCAAUUGCUCUUCCCCCAGGUGGCUUCAGGGCCACAGCAGCUAUACAAAGGAGCAUUACACCUCACAGCUUGCCCGAGCAGGUUUCAAGCAGCUGUGUUGCUGGAAAAUGGUAACUGGAUGGCUUUGUUCUGACAGUGGCUUUUCACACUGAAAGCACAUAAAAUUCAGCAACUGCAUCACGUUUAAAUGAAAUAUAGUUAAUUUUUGGAAGCAUUGUGAUUAGCAAGACUCCAGAGCCACAUGCAGCACACUCAUGAGGUAAUAUUCCCUGAGAGAUCAGAUAACUUUCUGGAGGCUUUUGCAUGCGCAAGUUUUUAUGCUAAUGAUAAUGGAGAAGCAUGAAGACUGUGGGCAAAACGUUGCCUGUGCUUGGUAUUAGUAUGGCUUCAUAUAGAAAGCAUGGGCAUAUGCGUGGGCUCUGCUCCUCUCAGUUGUGCCAGGUAGCAUGGCUGAGUAUAGAGAGGAGAAGUAGCUGUGAGAACUGCCUUGCUCUUGAGAAUUACAGGAAGUUUUCUGCCAUCUUUAAAUGGCCAUCAGGAUGUUGGCUGCUAGGCCCUCUGGAAACACAACCAAGUCAGUGGACUGAGGUGCUCGCUAUUUUGCCCUGACAGGUUUACUUGGGAGCAGGGGAUGAAGGGCUGGCCCUCUGUUCUGCAGUGUCCAUGUCCACCACGUGGCUCCCCAUUGAGGCUUCUCUCUGCUGUGUCACCCCAUGCAUGGGCUGUACAUUCACAGUUUCAUAGAUUUCACUAGAAAUACGUAAGUGUUGUGGCUCUCACACCUCACUGCAGCUGCAGGGGCAAGUAGUAGGCAAAAGAGCUGGUUUGGAAGUGGCAGCAUCAUUGUGUAACAGAGACUUGUCCACUGCAGAGCGGGCUUAUGCAACCUUUGUGAGUGCUGGGAGCAUCAUCCACUGCAGUGGCGUUCUUUAAAAGUAUAUGACAUUCUUGUAAAGAACAUGAAUAGUCUCACAGUAGCAUUCAUAACAAAAAUACUCCAUAGUGCCCCUUUUAGAAGAUGUUAAAAAAAUAUUAUUGCAAAUGAGAUGUAAGAUUUUUUCCCUGAAUUGCAGAUACCAUGAAAGUUUCCUGUGGGUUAAUUAAUAAAAAACAAACUACUGCUGAUGUGCCAGAUGAUUGACAUAACUGAGUAAAGCAUUUGUCUCAGUUAUUUGUUAUUGGUAUUUUGAUCUUCUCCCUCCAAUGAAUGUCGAGUAGGAGCACCUCAUAAACAUUUUAUUUGUAUGAAAAAGGAAAAUAGUGUAUUAGAUUUUCAGUGAUUUAUGUGGAUGUCUCUUAAGUACUCAGUGAACCAUAUGGCCACUGGAUUUUUUCCACUAUGUUCAUUAGUAUUUUCUCAUGUACCUCAGAAAUCACUCUCAGUUGCACAGUUCCUGUUCUCAAACUCUUUUUUUUUUUUUUUUUUUUUUUUUUUUUUUUUUUUUGCUUUAACGAGUGUGAUGCAAUAUCAAGUCAGCUAUUCUCUCACAAUAUGUUCUUAAAGAGUUAUGGAUGUUUAUAUGGUCAGGGAAUGCUAGAAAGUGUGGUAGUAGACAUGAUCAGUGUAAACAAAAGUAUUUAGAAAGUAUAUGAGAUUAUUUUGGAUGGAUAAGACUCUGAUACAGUAUAGUCUUGAUUACCUUUUAAAAGGUCUUCUCUGUUCAGUGUUGUCCUUUUUAUUAAUAAUCUGUUGUUUUGACUAGUUUCAAGAUGGUUUUAAGAAAAGUGUUCUGGCGGAAUUAGGUAUGCUGUAUAGACAAUAAACUCACCUUGACCUAAA